AUGUUUAUUUUUGCAAUAUAUUUUCUCAUAUGCGCAAAAUGUAUAGUGGCAUCAGAAGAAUACGUGCUUAAUUUCGAUUCUUCUAUAUAUGUUUGCGCGGAUGAAGAUAGCCAGGCCUUUGUUGACACUUCAGAAAUAGAGAUCAAACGAUUUAAUGAAACGACAGCUAUCCUGACAGGAGAUAUUAAAUUUAUGAAAGAGAUUGGUGAGAAAACUAUGGUGGAGUUUAUUGUAGAAAAAGAAGUUGGGGGCAGAUUUGAUAUCGUAUUAACGAAAGAAAUUUGUGAUAUAUGCGAAGAGAUGAAGGAUUCAGAAAGUUUUUACUACCAUUAUUUGGGAAUAUUCGGUUUUCCUGAUGAAUGUCCCAUCGAACCGGACACAUAUCAUGUGAAAGAUUUUGUGGCAAACGCUAAAGAUCUGCCGAUAAAUAAACAAAACGAGGGCCGUUAUCAAGUUACAUUGAAUGUGUUCAAGGAUUCUAGCGGAGAAUGUCAACACGACAGGGUUUUCAUCGCUUGUUUCAAAUUGGACGUGAUCAUAGAAGCUAUUGAUGGCUAG